AUGCUCCGACUUUUGACCCAUCGCCGACUGCCUCCGGACUAUGCUGCUUUCGAGGAGCUUCGUAGCAGCUUCUUCACUGACCGCUAUGAGCUUCGAGAUGAGCUGCCGCGAGGGUCCCUCGACAGCCUCCUCCGCGACUUCGGAGUGGAGCGCUAUGGAACGCCGCACACAGCGGGCAGUGAUGCACUAGCGACGCUCGAGCUUUUCUUCGAGGUCACACGAGAGGGUCCGAAGCGCUUCCUCUCGGCGGCCUCGGGCGGUUCUGAAGCGUCCACAGCAGCUUCGGCCUACAUGCUGGAGACAGGCAGUGGUUACUUCCAGGACUCCUCAGGUUAUAGCUACAGCCAGGGCGGCUGGAACGACGAGGUAGGACACAUCGGCUCGGAUGUGGCACCAAGCACCGGGUUCAAGCUGAAUGAGAUGGACCUGCAAGGUGAGAGCAGCCGAUGGAACGAGGGAGCCUUCAUGUCCGUGGACGUUGCCGUUGCACCCCGGGCAUGGGACGAGGCGCCUGCUCCCUACAUCGACAGCCCGACUGGCACAGGCCAAUGGCCGCUGCUCAGCACGCCCAGUCCUGGGCCGUCCAUGCAGGCACAGGCCAUGGCUUGCCCACCGCAGCCAAUGGCCUGCCAGGCACAGCCCAUAGCCAUGGAGGUCAGACCACUGCAGCCUCUGAGACAAACGAAGCAGCCUCAGGACGCCAGAUCCGAGACAGCUGUGCUAGAGGUGCUAGGGUAA